AUGGCGUUGAUAGCUGACAUAUGUCAGAUGUAUCGUCAAAUUGUGAUGGAAGGAUCAUGUCGAAGAUACCAGCAUAUUCCAUGGAGAUUUUCUAUCAAGGAUCCAAUUGAAAUUUAUGAGUUGAAUUGUGUCGUGUUUGGAGUGUCUUCAUCGCCGUAUUUGGCCUUACAUACAGUACACCACUUGGUAGAAGAAGGAGGUGAUAAUUUCCCUGCUGCAUCCACACGCAUACCAAGUGAUAUGUUUGUCGACGAUCUUGUCACUUCAGCACCUUCUUUAUCAGACGCUAACUAUAUUUAUAGUCAGACCAAGGAGCUAUUCAAGCGAGGUGGCUUCGAAUUAACAAAGUGGGCAUCCAAUUCGGCUGAAUUGAUGGAAUAUAUGCACGAGAAUGACACAUCAAUUGUAGCUAAAAAUUUUGAUUUUGAAAAUUCGUUAUCAAUUCAAGGUUUGAGGUGGCAACCAGUUGUCGAUUCGUUCCACUUUAUUGUCAAUCAUACUGGAGAGAUAGCGACCAAACGUAAGAUACUCUUAGCAGUUGCUCGAAUUUACGAUACAAUGGGGUUUCUUGCUCCUCUCACGUUACUAUUGAAGUGUCUGAUCAAACAAUUGUGGCAAUGCAGAGUUGGUUGGGAUCAGACACCACCAUUAUCAGUCACGAAACGCUGGGAAGUAUGUCAAAAUGAGUUUGAUUCAUUAUCAAUCAUCUCUAUUUCUCGUCAUCUCGGAGUGAAUUUGAAUACAAGAAUUAGUUUAAUUGGACUUUGUGAUGCAUCAGAACAACCACUUGGAGCUGUCAUUUAUCUUAAGAGUCAAUGUGAUGAUGGAUCGCCACCAACUAUCACUUUGCUGUGUGGAAAAUCCAAAGUUGCUCCAAAUAAAUCAGUUUCCAUUCCGCGACUGGAAUUAUGUGCUGCGCUAUUAUUGGCGGAGUUGUUGCAUACUACCUAUAACAUCAUUAGUGAAAGGUGUCGUGUGUCUCAUGUGAUAGCCUUAUCAGACUCAACGGUGGCUCUCUAUUGGAUUCAGGCCCCACCAUCACGCUGGACCACUUUUGUUUCGAAUCGUGUAUCAAAAAUUCAAGAUUGUAACGUGCAACAGUGGAAGCACGUUAGUGGCUCAGAGAAUCCGUCAGAUUGUUUGUCACGUGGUUUAACACCAGCCGAGCUUGUGAGUCAUAAAUUGUGGUGGAACGGCCCUACUUGGUUGGGAAAAGCGGAAAAUAGUUGGCCAGUGAAAGUGGACUUUGUCGAAGUUGAAAAUCCACCGGAAGCUGAAACUAAUGUUCUCACAACCCUUCACACAGAUGCGACUUGUGAUAAUCAAAUCAAAUCAAAUCAGUCUAUUUCCACAUUUGGGAAGUCCGAGAAAAGCAGUGACGUGGGGUACCUGGGUUCUUUUUUCAGGAUGGUCUUCAUGAUUGUACGUUGGGUAACGGCCAGUGGCUCCAGGCAUGUGGAUGAUACCCCUCCCCAUGCUAUUAUGCCAUACUGCAACACUGAUUGCACGAAAAUUUUGUUGAUUCGCAUCACCGCCCCUCCCAAGCCCUCCGCUUUCAAUAAAAUUACUACAAAAAUUCUUAAUAUCUGA